AUGUGUGAUAAUUCAGUUCUGAUUCAAUCUGCAAAUGACAAUGAACAAUCACUAUCAACAGUUCAAGCGAAAUUUGUUGCUGAACUCCCCGAACCGUAUCGUGAUGUUUUUUCACCAAGAUUUCAACGAUUCAAUAAAAUUCAAUCCAAUUUGCUUGAUUUGAUUAUAAAAACUGAUAAAAGUCUUGUAAUUUGUUCACCAACCGCUUCUGGCAAAACUGUUCUAUUGGAACUGACUAUCAUCAGUGAAUUGAUACGAUUAGAAUCUAGUAAUCGUUCACAUCCACCAUAUGAUCAAUUACAUGCAUUAUAUCUAGCACCAUUAAAAGCGAUUGUCGAAGAAAAAUGUCAAGAAUGGCAACAAAGAUUCGCUAAAUUUGGUCUAAAAUGUUUUGCGAUGACUGGUGAUACCGACAUUGUUGAUUAUCAAAAAUAUUUGAAAGAACAAAAACAACAGGUGAAUAUUUUGUUGGCAACACCAGAGAAAUUCGAUUCAAUUAUUCGAACACAUUCAGAAAGUCGUUCGUUACUUCGUCUUUUGAAUUUGAUCAUGAUCGAUGAAAUUCAUAUGCUUGGUGAUCGAAAUCGUGGUGAUUUUCUUGAAGCCACCAUCACUCGACUGAAAUUUAUUCGUGAUAAUAAUAACCACAUCAUCAAAGUACUUGGUGAAUUAGACGGUGACCGAUCUAAAGAAAGGCAACGACUACGUUUUGUAGCUAUUUCAGCUACAUCACCGAACGUUGAAGAUCUAUCCAUUUGGCUUGAUCCUCGCAAUUCAUUAGGCAUACGUGUGCCAGCAGAUUGGCGACCGGUAAAGCUUAAUAAAUUAGUCAUCGGUAUUGAACCUACAGGAGCUGCACAAACAUCUGACUAUCGUUUCGACAUACAGAUCACCUACAAACUUGAACGUCUUAUUCGUGAACAUUCUGAAUCUAAACCAACAUUGGUUUUCUGUUCAACACGACGUUCGGCUGAAUUUACGGCCAAAAUUCUAGCAACAUCACAGAAUACUUAUUUUGAAUCACGUCAACAACAUAUCAAAUUAUUUAUGGAACUUUCGCGUAUCAAUGAAAAUGCAACCAACAUUGAUACAUUAAUAAUAUCUAAAAUGGAAUUUGAACAUUUUAAAAAUACCGAACUUAAAACUACAUUGGCUGCUGGUGUUGCUUUCUAUCAUUCCGGUAUGGAUCCAUCCGAUCGUCGUCUAUUGGAACAUUUAUUUUCCAUGUCAUUGAUACCAGUUCUGGUAUCAACAUCAUCAUUGGCCAUGGGUGUCAAUUUACCGGCUCAUUUAGUUGUCAUAAAAAAUACUGUUCAAUAUGAAGCAGGCUCACAAACCGAAUAUCAUUUAUCACAAAUACUGCAGAUGAUUGGAAGAGCUGGACGACCGCAAUUCGAUACUAGUGCAACCGCUAUCAUUGUGACAAAACAGGAGAAAAAAGAAAAAUAUGAAACAUUAUUGGGGGAAGAAACGGAUGUUGAAAGUAAUUUAUUUCGUUCAUUGAUCGAACAUUUAAUGAUCGAAAUUGUAUUGAAAACUGUCAACAACAUUAAUUUAGCCAUCGAUUGGAUCUAUUCAACAUUUCUUUUCAUUCGUAUUGUUCAGAAUCCACAAUAUUAUCGUAGUUCCAUUGCUAAAGGCGAUUACGAUGGUGCUCGUCCUAUCAUAUUGGAAUGGUGUCAGGAACAGAUGCAACGUUUACAAACGCUUGGUCUUAUUACAAUCAAAGGCGAUUUUUUUGAUCCAACUCAAUUAGCACGAAUAGUGACAAGAUAUUCAGUUUCAAUAGCAACAUUGGAACAUUUAAUUAAAUGGUCUAAAAUAUCAUAUUCGUUGGAACAAUUGCUUGAAGAAAUGUGUUGCUGUACAGAAUUAUCACAAGAUGUUAUAUUACGUACUACUGAUAAACGAUUUCUAAAUGAAUUGAACAAAAAAAAUCGUUUCAAAUAUAAGGAUCGUUUUCGUAAUGGAUCGAUGAAAACAAAUUGUUUGGCACAAGCAGCAUUUGAAUCGCUAACAAUUGAACAAUGUUUAUUUGAUGAUUUACAACGAAUCAUAAGAUCUGGUCAACGUGUUUCGAAAUGUUUUAUGGAAAUUUUGGUCUACUUUUUCCGACAAAAACCAGAGACGAAAACCGAUCAACAACCACAUUGGUUACAUUUUCAAACAUCGAUUUCAGCGGCACGUUUAUUACAGGCAUUUUGGACUCGAUUAUGGUAUGAUUCAUCAUAUGUAUCCAGACAAUUGCCUAAAAUUGGCCUUGCAUUUUCAACAAUACUGGCCGAAAAUGGUUAUACCAGUUUUAAUCGUUUACUCGAAUCAAAUCCUCGUCAGAUUGAAUUUCAUUUGAAACGUAAACCACCAUUCGGCUCAAUGUUGAUCGAAGAGAUCAAAAAUCUUCCUCGAUAUCAAUUGGCUUUGACGCGACAAUCGAAUUGUAGUCUGAAAUUCAGUCCAUUCCUAGAAGACCAUAUUGAAUCGAGAAUGCAAAUUGAAUUCAAAUGUUUGAUACAGCAACAAUCUUUAUCAUCAUCGAAUAUAUUGAAACCGGACAAACAUUAUUUUCAUCUAAUCAUUGGCUGUGAAGAGUGUGAUCAAAUUUUGGCUAUAAAUCGAUUGAAUGAUCGAACAUUAAUGCAAUCUACUCAUAAACAAUCAAUUAUUUUAAUCAAGACAAAAUUUGACGAUGAAAAUGAAUCAACUGAUCAAAUUGAAAACGGCAAUCAGAAAGAUCCAGUAAAAAAGAACGAAACAAAAGGCAAGAAAAAAGCUGGAGAUAAAAACAAAAACAAUAAGGAUAAAGAAAGUCAACAAGCAACAGAUGAAAAACCUAAGAUAUGGCCAGAAAAAUUUGUUAAAUUUAUCAGACAGAUUGAAGAAGAAUGUAAAAAUUCAAUUGGAAAUAACAUUGUUCAUUGUUCAUUACGAAAAACAUCAUCACAUACUAUUAUAGCACAUAUUAUAUCGGAAAAUUUCGCCGGUUUAGAUUCAGAAACCAAAUCAACAAUACGAUAUCCCUUUCAACAAAUGGAUUUGUUAUCAACACAAGAAUUUGAUCUACUCGAUUCAUUUGAUGAUGAUGAAUAUGAAGAAAUAUUAGCUCAACAUAAUAUUGGUAAAGAACGAAAACAAGAUGAUAGUUUAUCAACAUUGGAUUCGAUCGACAUUAACGAUAUUCAAUCCACUAGUCUUGAUGGAAUGACCGAAUCAUCGACUUCAAUAAUAACAACAACAAAGAAAAAAAUGCCCAUCUUCAAUAUCAAAAUAGAUGAUGUAAUUCAUGAUCAAAUAGAACAAAAUAUCAUUGAUGAAAACUAUGAUGAAGAUAAUGAUGAUGACGAAAGCUUAAAUUAUAGUAUAUUUACUCGUUUCCGUAAUCGAAACCAUUCUAAUACUGAGAAUGAAUUACAAAAAUUUGUAUCAUCAAAUUUACCUGAAACAAAAACAACAACGAGUAUCAACAAUAAUAGAAAAAAUCAAUCAAUAAUGAAUGAAACGAAAGUGGCAAAAAUUUUCCCGGUCAAACGUAAAGUUUGUCUACAAAAUCCAUUUGAUUAUAAUUGUAAAACAUCGAUGGCCAAACUAGGUCGAUUCAAUUUCAAUAAUGAUGAUAAAUGUGAGGAAAAAGUUUUAUGGUGAAUAUUUUCUUCUCUCUCUCUCUGUAAUGAUGACGCCCAACAACAGAAUCGAAAUUUUUUUUUCGCUCUACUUGUACAUCUCAUCGACUAUUAGUUGAAUUUUAUUUUUAUCCAAAAUUUUCUCUUCAAACCUCAUGGAUCUUCAUUCGAACCGUUGUUGUUUGGUUGUUUUCAUCAUUGAAUCUUUUGCAAAUGCUUGACUGAUAUUUCACUGUCUACUGCUGUUGUGUGAUGAUGUUAUUAUUACAUUUUUCUACAUUCAAACAAAAAAACAACGACAUCAUUCAUUUCAAAAGAAAAAAAAAUUUUACUUGUUUUUUGGGGGUAAAAUAUUUUCACUGCUCUUGUUUUUUGCCUAGAUUCGUCAUCAUCAUGAUGAGUGGGUGUGUAGAAUUCCAACCAAACACCAAAACAACAACAACAUACAAGUGUUACGAGGGAAAAACCCAUAACAUCUUGAAUGUUCAUCAUUAUCAUAAUCGUCGUCGUCGCCGUGUUGGUAAUGCAAAUUUUCUUUUUUUCUCUUCCUUCAGUUCAUAUUUUGUAGACAAAUUUGGUUUGUCGAUUCUCGUGUUUGUGUGUGUUUGUGUUAUUUGGUUGACAAUUAACAACAACAAUCUAACUAAACUGCCACACACAC